UCGGGCUAAACUUAAACAACAAAAACUGAGAAGAAUUAUCGCGUUUAAACCGUUUCAACUUGUUUAAAUCGUUUAAAUAGUUUAAAUAGUUUAAAUUAAAUUAUUAUCAGCCGUAUCGAACUUGAAGCCGAGGAGGCUGGGAUGUCAGUGGCCGGCGAAGCCAACAAACAACAAACAACAACAAUAAAGCAACGAUCAACUCCCUUUUUGAAUGAUUUACUUCCGUAGUUUUGUAGAAGAUCUGGUUCAAACAGUGAUUUAUAUGAUUGCAGAAGCUAGUGAUAUCAAUUGAAAAGAAAGCACCUGCACCGAAAGAUAAUAUGCUAACCUCGAUGCUAACAUAACGGUGGCAGAGAAUAUGUCCGAACCGGCAAGGAAUGAACAACACAUUGCAACGCCAUCGUUUUAAAUUCCCAAUUUGGAGAGGACGCCACACACAUCGUUUGCGGUUGCUAUACCUGCAGCAGGUGUCCGUUUGAUCGCUUUACAAUUCCUGGCUAGCUAAGCCCCACAUGAUCUACUUGGCUUCACUUAUCUGAUGGAGAAGUAGCAGCUGAAUUUACACGAGUUGUUGUUUCCAUAAAUUGUAGAAUUUUAUCAAUUGCGGCGUAAGGGAAUCAAAUACUCGCGAAUAUAGUUCUUCCACUAGUUCAGAACGCUGACGGCAGUAAUCAGUAGGUACAGCGUGGUGUAUGCGACUGAGGCGUUGUUAUCCCGAUCAGGAUUGAUUAACGAUUAGGAGAUUUACAAAUGACAACUGAUGAAUCAGUGCUGCCUAAAUUUGUAUGUCAACAUUGCUAUGGAAAGUUGGUAGAAAUUGACUGGUUCCGAAAAACAUGCAUAACAUCUUAUGAUCGACUGACAAACAUGUAUAAUAACCCUUACGGAUCAACUGGAAGCCAUGAACAGCACAUCCGCCCAUCGUUUGAUAUGUUUCCAAGCGAACAACGUUAUCCGCAAAAUGCGAUGCAGAACAUAGGUCGGCUGGGCCAUGCAAUGGAUUAUCACCACUCACAAUCCAAUGCCAAUAUGCCGGCACAAUGCUUGUCGAACUCCGUUUUGAGUAGUGAAAACGUAGACUUUACACAGACGCCGCAAAAACCCAGCAAAGCACAUUCCAGCAAUCGGCCGGAGAAGUCGCAAUCUGUUUCCAGUUCGGAUUUGACUGGCAUCCAUAAACGAUUGGAUCAACUAGGCGCCAAAAUGGAUGGACACGGAGCAAUACUGCAACGGAUUGAGAUGUUCAUGGCCAGCUUUUCCUAUGCCAAGCCACUUGAAACACAAUCACCGCCCGUCAGUCGAGAAGAUUUGCGGCAACGUAGCAAUGAAAGUUUUGAAGAAUUCGAACAAAUGGGUCAAAUUGUGACCAGAGAACAAUUAACGGAAUUUAAUGCCAAGUUGGCGAAUUCUGCCUACGAGGCGAAAUAUUUCAGAUAUAUUCAGUCAGUCUACAAGCUUACCGGCAAACGUGAAGGGUUUCCAUUUUUCAAGACAAUUAUUAGAAGACUGAUUGCGCCUACCGUCCUGAUUUGCUAUUCUUGGAAAGGACACAGUCGAACGAAGAAAGGAGAUCAAACCGCGGUGGUGGUGACCGAUCACAAUUUUAGUUUCAGGAAUAUGUUCCCGAAUAUUGUGCGUUUCAUAUACCGCGUGGUCAAUGCAGCGGACUUUGAGUACACCGGCGAGGACAAUGAGAAGGCUUUCAGUGACUAUCUGAGGCAGAAGAAAACUGAAAUCAAGCGGUUCUUGCAAUCCAAUGGAGCACAACGGGCUGCAAGCAGCCGUAAACGCAGGAAGAAGGUGCAACCAACGGCCGUGGAUGAUGGCAGUAGUGUUGGUGCAGAGCAGGAAUCAUUUCAAGAUCCGGAAAUUUAUGGCGUAAACGAUACUACCGAUGGCGACGUCAGCUUCGAUGAGGAAACGUUUUCCGACAAUGGCGCAGAUGGUGUCGAUAUAAAGCAAGAAGCGCAUGGUUCCAGUGAGGUGGACUGUUGGAUGGAUAAUAAAAAGAGCGAAUAAAUUUUUGUUCCUUCUCCAUUA